GAAAAAAUAAAGCACACCGGAAGCCUUCCAGCAAACAAGCAACAAUCAACAUGACAACCCUGCUGAACAACAUCAACGAUGAGGUGUUCCGGACGUACGUCUUUUGGGCGGCUGUUUUGGUGGUGAAAAUGCUCGCCAUGUCCUUGCUCACGGGCCGGCAGCGAUUCCAGAAGAAGGUGUUUGCUAAUCCCGAAGAUAUUAAAUCCUCGAAGAAGGACGCUGUGCCGAAGUUUGACGACCCGGAUGUAGAACGUGUACGUCGUGCUCAUCGUAACGAUCUGGAAAACAUUUUGCCCUUCUUCACUAUCGGCCUGCUGUAUAUGUUGACCAACCCGGAGCCGUUCAUUGCCAUUAACCUGUUCCGGGUUGUGGCCAUCUGCAGGAUCCUGCACACACUCGUCUACGCCGUGGUUGUGAUUCCGCAACCGGCACGUGGCCUUUCCUGGGGUGUUGCUUAUAUGGCAACCGGCUACAUGGCUUUCAAGACCAUUCUAUUUUUCCUUUAAGUUAAAGGCUUUCUACUUUCGUUCUUUUGUUACGAUUCAUCCCAAAGUGUCAGUUCUAAAUAACAAUUGCUUUUACGAUCAGCAUUAAAUUCAUGUUUCACUAUCUAUAAAUCAACGAUGUUUUAAAUUCAGUGAGUGUACAGCUGGGGAAGAUUUAAUUACUUUUUUCUUCUAGCGAUGCACUUCGUUGUUUUAAAAUGUUUUGAAAUUUAAAUAAACUUUUUUAGUACUUGUGCUUGCUUGGUUUAGAAAAAUAACAUAGAACAUGCAACCUGAUAAGUAAUUAGCGUCUCUCAUCUGUUCGCUAAUGAAGGGUUAGAAUGAGUUUGAGCGAGCUAGUGAGUUUUUCUGGCUUGAUUUCUUUAUUCCAAUGUCAACAACGAAUGGUAAAAAAACCGAGAAAUCAUGGAAGCAGUGUUAUAAGAAAACGUUUUACGAACAUAUAUAAGUUACAAUAGUGUCAUUGCGGCUUAUUUACGGGUAUUAGAAAAGAAAAUGGAUUCCAAAAAAAUGCACAAAAUUCGAAACGAAGAGGAGAAUGGUGAUCAAAAUAGAACAAAGUCUUCAAGUAUGGAAGAAAGAAAUGAAAUAACUAUCGUUGUAUAUGGCUGAUAAGGUUUUUUUUUCGGAAUUUAAAAGUCUAACGUUAGCUGUUUUAUGUUUUGUAAUGUACAACCCGUACCAACGCCUUCAUAUAUUCCAAAGUAAAACAUUUUGUACUAAAUAAAACGAUAAAA